UAUUGCAGCAUGAAGAAGGAGCAAGUUGUCAACUGUCAGUUUUCGGUUUGGUAUCCGAUAUUCAAGAAACAUACGAUUAAAAGCCUGAUUCUCCCACUGCCUCAGAAUGUAAUAGACUAUUUACUGGACGAUGGGACACUGGUAGUCUCUGGGAGUGACCACAACACACAGCAGACACAAACUAACAACAGCGACUCGGAUGCAGAGGAAGACAUUCAGUGGUCAGAUGAUGAGACAACCACCACUGUCACAGCUCCCGAGUUCCCAGAAUUCACCUCUAAAGUGCUGGAGGCCAUAAAUGCCCUGGGUGGGCGUGUCUUUCCUAAACUCAACUGGAGCGCUCCACGGGAUGCUAACUGGAUUGCUCUGAACAGUUCCCUGCAGUGUCACAGCCUCAGUGAUAUAUUUCUGCUCUUCAAAAGUUCAGACUUCAUCACCCACGACCUCACGCAACCAUUCCUUCAGUGUAGUGACCAGGACUCCCCAGAUCCAGUCAUCAACUAUGAGCUGGUCCUGAGGAAGUGGAGCGAGCUGAUUCCUGGCGGAGAGUUUCGCUGCUUCGUCAAAGAAAACAAACUGAUCGCUAUCUCCCAGAGAGACUACACUCAGUAUUACCAGCACGUCCUGAAGCAGGAGGAGCAGAUCAGUCAGGCCGUACAGGAGUUCUUCAGCCAGCACAUCCAGUACAACUUCCUGGACGAAGAUUUUGUGUUUGACGUCUACAGAGACAGCCAGGGGAGGGUGUGGCUGAUCGACCUGAACCCGUUCGGAGAGGUGACUGACUCACUGCUGUUCAGCUGGGAGGAGCUGACGUGUGGAGGAGAAACCGCCCACCAGCAGGAGGGCCCGGCGUUCCGCUGCACCACCAGCGACGUGACGGUGCAGCCCAGUCCCUGUCUGAGCUACAGGAUCCCACGGGACUUUGUGGACCUCUCUACGGGAGAGGACGCUUACAAACUCAUCGACUUCCUCAAACUGAAGAAGAGCCAGCAGGAAGAGUCUGAGGAGGAGGAGGAGGAGGAAGAGGAGAACGCUCCACAGUGACACGCAUCCCCUGAAACUGAAGAAUAGCUGCUAGUGUCAACAGUCCUCCGUAUAAUGUUUUCAGCAUGAAGUGACUCUCCACCCUCUGUCCUGUCUGAGCUUCUUUUAUUUCUUUUUUCUUUUUUUUAAUUUCUGCCUGGUUUCUCUCGCGCCCUCCCGGUAAACGGUACGCGGUGUGCCCGGGGUUUCUUGAACGUCUCUCUCGCCUUAGUUUUAAUGGAACAUGUUAAAUUAAAGGAUCGUGUUAAAACGGCUCUUUUAGGGAUUCAUUUUCUGUGCACUUGUUCUCCGCCUGCGACACCGCUGAGAGCCGUGUUGCCAGUCGUAAUGGCUCUGUGAGAGGGGGAGGAGGAGGGGGAGGGAGGCCUCUGCAGUGUCGAAUAGUCUUGUUAUUUCAGAUUUGGUGAAAUGAUUUGUUUUUUUAUGAGUAGAAACAUUAUGUUACUGCAGAGUGGGUGUGUAUUCUCUAACACUGUAAAGAAUGCCUGCUUUUAUACUUAAAAAUAAGUCUGUAUAUUAGUUUAUGUAUCUAAUUUCAGUCCAAACAGUGUCUGGAUUUAAAAUGAACUAGUUCACACACACACACACACACUCUCUUCAUUGUACUCUGUGUUUGUGUCUUACGAGGCUGUGACAGACGUCUUCAUUUAACACUAAAGCCGUUCAUCACUGAGUCACCUUUCAUUUUUCUUCCCAGCCUUCCCUGCUCCUCCAUCUCCCCCUGCCAAUUUCCUCUGAGCAGUUUUGACACACUCGUUGCUCUGAGACACUCCGGGCCCUCUUUUCAACUCCUGUUUUUCCAUCAUGCAUCGCUGUAGACUGCUGCUCCAAAAAACACCAUUAAAUUUCUUGUCGUGUAUUGA